AUGGUCCUUGAACAGUGCACCCGCCGCUGGCAGGGAAACCUCGAGGUGGUCUUGGUCAAUGGCAUUCGGUUGGCCAGAGGCCCGGAGCCCACCCGCCGUCACGUCGAGGAUUACCCCCUUGGAGACCCUGAUUGGGCAGGACGGGAGAUGCUCGUCUCUGAAUUCGUGCAGCGUUGCCCGGAGUCCGAUUUCGAUGUUUCAGACGUCAUUCUCCGCGAGGCUGCUCUUGAUCUUCCAAGUUUGAUGCUAUUUAUCGAGGCUCUUAAGGCCAACAAUCCAAAUUGGGAUUGCCAUGUCAAUCAAUUGCCCUCUCCACAACAAAAUCGAAAAAUAGCUGGCGCUGGCGCAACCUCGAGCAAUCCGAACUGGUCGAAGCGAUUCCUGAUCACUCUCGGAGCUGCCGGGGGAUGGUUGCUGUGGAUGCGUCGCGGGCGGGCUGAAAAGCUGUUCGAGAACGCGGCGGUUGUUGCUAUGACAUGCAAGGAAAAUGGAGCCACAACCGCGCAUACGGGGGGCACCGUAUGA